AUGAGAUUAGGUAGUUAUCUCAAUAUAGGAGAUAAGAAAAAAAAUAGAAUUUUAGAAAAAGCUGAACAUUCAGGAGUUAAAGGAUUAUUGAAAAUUGAUAAGAUUCAUUUUGAUCCAACACAUGCCGAUUUUGAAUAUUCAGUUGCUUAUAAUAAGAAAAAAUAUAAUCGUUGUUUUAAGCACCACAAUCAACUAUCAAAUUCAAAUGAUCCAAAGAGUAAAAUUAUGAGAUGCAGAUGUAAUCUUCAAGUUUUGAAUGAUCAUUCAGAGUGUGAGUGGUGUGAUGAUGAAUGUUGCAACAAAAGAACAUUAGCAAGAUAUGAUGAUCAAUCGGGUCUAUUUGAAUAUGGUACAUAUAAAACAAAAUCACAAAAUAAAGAUGAAAAUAAUCAAUUUUCUUCUCAAAAAAAUAAGAAAAUUAUUGCGACAACAGAAAUUAUGAAUGAUUUAAUGAGUGGAAAUAUUAACGGAGAUGAAGCAUUCAUUCGUUGUGUUCAGGAACAUCCUCAAUUACUUUUAACUAAUCCAAAUCCUAUUUACACAAUUGAGCAAGCAAUAAAAAAUAAAAACAAGAAAAUAAUUCAAGAACGAUGUUGA